AUGAAGCAUAUCAUCAAUAUCUAUGAAAACAUCAAUGAUACUCUAAGGAACCAUUCAGACUGUCCUCGUGUGAUUUUGCCAGAAGAAAUCUUUUUCACAAUCUCCAUCCUUGGGGUUUUGGAGAAUCUAUUUGUCCUUGUGGCAGUGAUCAAGAAUAAGAAUCUCCAAUCCCCCAUGUACUUUUUCAUUUGCAGUUUGGCUAUUUCCGACAUGCUGGGCAGCCUAUAUAAGAUAUUAGAAAAUAUCCUGAUCAUGAUCAGAAAUAUGGGUUAUCUCAAGCCACGUGGCAAUUUUGAAACUACAGCAGAUGACAUCAUUGAUACACUAUUUAUCCUCUCCCUGCUUGGCUCUAUUUGCAGUCUGUUGGUGAUUGCUGCUGACCGCUACAUCACAAUCUUCCAUGCUCUGCAGUACCACAGCAUUGUGACCAUGCGCCGUGCCACUGUCAUCCUGAUGGUCAUCUGGGCAGCUUGCACAGGCAGUGGCAUCGCCAUGGUCAUCUUCUCCCAUCACAUCCCUACAGUGAUCACCUUUACGUCACUGUUCCCUCUGAUGUUGGUCUUCAUCCUGUGUCUUUAUGUGCAUAUGUUCUUGCUGGCCCGUUCUCAUGCCAGGAAGAUUUCAACUCUUCCCAGCACCAACAUGAAAGGAGCCAUCACACUCACCAUCCUGCUUGGUGUCUUCAUUUUCUGUUGGGCCCCCUUUGUCCUUCAUAUCCUCCUAAUGACUUUCUGCCCAAAUAACCCUUACUGUGCCUGCUACAUGUCCCUCUUUCAGGUGAAUGGCAUGUUAAUCAUGUGUAAUGCAGUUGUCGAUCCCUUUAUAUAUGCCUACCGGAGCCCAGAGCUCAGGGAUGCAUUCAAAAAUAUGAUCUUCUGCAGUGGUACCAGUAGAAUCAUUGUUCCCUGA